AUGAUCAACUGGACUGUUGAGCUCUCUGAGUUCGACAUAUCAUAUAAGCCUCGGCAGGCGAUUAAGUCUCAAGCACUGGCCGACUUCAUCUUGGAGCUAACCCCAUCCAAUGAAAAGGGAAAAGGGAAUGAAGAUCUCUGGACAAUACAUGUCGAUGGAUCCUCGAACUCUAAUGGGAGUGGAGCUGGGGUGAUCGUUGAGACCCCGAAAGGAGUGUCCAUUGAGCAUUCACUUCACCUGGCAUUUCCGACCUCCAACAACCAAGCUGAGUACGAGGCGUUCAUUGCCGGGAUCGUACAAGCGAAAGAACACGGGGCUAGAAAGAUAAAAAUCAUGAGUGACUCGCAGCUGGUUACCUCACAAGUUGAGGGAAAAUAUCAAGCCAAGGGUCCCCUCAUGAUGAAGUACCUCCACAAAGUUAAGGAGCUGCUAGCCGAGUUUGACGAGGUAGUAAUCCAAUAUAUACCGCGGAACGAAAAUAAUAGGGCCGACAUCCUAUCCAAACUCGCCAGCUCAAAGGGCUCAGGAAAUCAUCGCACUGUGGUACAACAAAGCAUCCUGGAGCCGACGUGCAUCAUGGUGAUAACCGAGACUGAGGAUUGGAGAAGGCCAAUAGUGGCCUACCUAGAAAAAGGGAUCCUGCCAGACGAAACACAAGAGGCCAGAAAACUCGUGAGGAACUCGGCCUGUUUCACCAUAGUGGAGGGACAACUAUACAAGAAGGGUUUCUACACACCCAUGCUGAAGUGUCUAUGCAGGAACGAGGUCGAGUACGUGUUGGCCGAGAUUCAUGAGGGCGUAAAUGGGCAUCACAUGGGAGGAAAAGCCUUGGCCAGAAAGGCACUAAGGGCAGGAUACUACUGGCCAACUAUGGAGGCGGAUGCGAAGGAGCAUGUCAAAAGAUGCGCACAAUGUCAGAAGCAUGCGCUGAUCCUUCGCGCACCCCCAGAAGAGCUGCAAACUAUCACGGCACCAUGGCCGUUCUUCAAACGGGGAAUGGACCUACUAGGACCUUUUACUGCAGCUGAAGGACAACUCAAGUGGUUGAUAGUGGCUGUCGACUACUUCACCAAGUGGAUCGAGGCUGAACCCCUCACCACCAUUACCUCGGCAAGGAUACGAAGAUUCUUUGAAAGAAACCUCAUCAGCUGA